AUGGCCACCUUUCGUCGUUUCCGCCCCGACGAUGUCAACAAGUUCUCCAAAUGCAACCUCGAUCCUCUGACCGAGACGUACGAAUUGGCGUUCUACCUCCAGUAUCACGCAAAGUGGCCUUCCAUGUUCCAGGUUUGCGAGGACAUGAAUGGAAAUAUCAUCGGCUACAUCAUGGGCAAGCUCGAAUCUUCGCCCGAUGUCUACAAGUUCUCGGAGCACUACCUCCCCUGGCAUGCUCACAUCACUGCCCUCACCGUCGCGCCCGAAGCGAGAAGGCUGGGCAUUGGCAAGAUACUCUGUGAGCAGUUGGAGGCCGCCGCCGACGCAAACGAUGCUUGGUUCGUCGACUUGUUCGUUCGCACCAGCAAUCACAAGGCCAUUACGUUCUACAAGAACUUGGGUUACAGCGUCUUUCGCGUGGUCAAGGACUACUAUGGCGACCAUGCUACGGAUCCUACGCUCGAUAGCGAGGAUGCCUUCGAUAUGAGAAAACCCAUGAAGAGGGACAUCAAGCUCCAGCAUGUAAGAGACGACGGAGAGAAGCACGAGGUCGAUCCAUCCGAUGUUUGGUGA